UCGAGUCCUUCGAGUGGUAGUGCCGAAGACAGGAAGGCAACAUGGUGAAGUUCCUGAAGCCUGGGAAGGUCGUGAUCCUCUUGUCCGGUCGCUACGCCGGCAAGAAGGCCGUAAUUGUGCAGAACAAGGACGACGGCUCGUCGCUGCGGCCAUAUGGCCACGCUGUCGUUGUUGGCCUUUCCAAGGAGCCGCGAAAGGUUAUCCGCAAAAUCAGUCAGAAGAAGCAGGCCCGCCGCUCUAGCAUUAAGACCUUCAUUAAGACUGUCAACUACCAGCACAUGAUGCCCACUCGCUACACUCUUGACGUGGACCUGAAGAACGUGAUUUCAGCUGAGGCUCUGGAGACCGCCACAAAGAAGACAGAGGCUCGCAAGGAGGCCAAGAAGCUCCUGGAGGAGAAGUUCAAGUCGGGCAAGAACAGGUGGUUCUUCAGCAAGCUCCGCUUCUAAGCGUGUACGCUAGGAGCUAAGCAGGACAACGGGCGUGGAUAAUGUAACAGCACUCGUGGGGCCCCCAU